AAAGAGUCAGGAACCAUGCUGACCAUCUUGGCGCUGGCAUCGGUCAUACUGCUUGGAAUAGUGCCCCAACAGUCGGAGGCCAUCGUCAUCUACACGGGCUGGGAGCGUCACGCCCUGGUGGGGUCAGACAUCCGUCUGUCAUGUUCAUUCUUCUCCUGGCGCUGGACUUCCGAUGAUGUCACCUUCUCCUGGAGCUACCGUGCCGACGGAGCCAGGGACAGCAUCUCUGUCUUCCACUACACUGGUGGAUCCCCCUAUGUGGACAACAAGGGGCCGUUCAGAGACAGGCUGGAGUUUGUGGGGAACCCUGGUCGCCGGGACGGAUCCAUCCUACUCAAGAACCUGGACUACGGAGACAACGGCACCUUCACCUGUGAUGCCAAGAACCCGCCUGACAUAGUGGGACGCGCCUCCAGUGUCAGACUGCUGGUCUUUGAAAAAGUUCCCAUCCAGGCCGGAGUGAUCACAGGGGCCAUCAUUGGUGCGGUGCUGGGUCUGUUGGUGCUCGUCGUGGUCAUCUACUAUCUCAUGAGGUUCCUGGUGGCCCGCAGAGUCUUCAACCUCAGUGUCAGCAAACAUGGAAAGAAAGGGAAGGGUAAAGAGGGAUCACAGCAGAGACAGUGAUGGACACCUCUCCUCUCCUCCACCCCCCUGAUCACCAACACCCCUCUCACUCCCUCACCAAUACCACCACACCCCUGCAUGUUCAUUCACCCACCAUUUCUGCUGGUUGGAAUGCCACGUCGCUGUCUUCUGCCCAACUAUUGGCCAGGGAUGGAAAAUGUGCAGAAUCAUCCUCGUUAGUUCUCAUUGAAGACUUAAAAUUAGCUAUAGCUCUCUGCCGGUGGCAAAAGUGUGUGUUUUAUGUGUCCAUGUGUCUAGUCGGACUGUCAUGUCAAACAAAAGAUGAGGGGACAAACUGUGUAUGUGUAUGUCACCCUAAAGUAAAUAGUUAUACAUUUACAUUUUACUUUACAUGUGCAGGAAAACACAUGGAGACCAUGUUUUGUUUGAGAGAGGCAGACAUGUGAUAGAUCUUCUUAUGACAUUUAAUCACAUUUCUGCUCUUGUAUCUGGAGGGGGAUUCUGUGUGGCUGUUCAUUUCUUUUUGGUGCAUGUUUUCCAGGUGUGGAAAAUAAAGUCAUUUUUCAUUUCAGGUGUUGGUAAACUGCAUGGGGCUACAGGAGGCACUGACACAGUGAGGGGGAGAUUAUGGGGAGGACAAGGGAGGUAAACUUCAGAAGUUGCCGUGGUAAUGUGAUUGGAAAAAAGAAGGUGGUUGCUGGGAUGAAGAUACUUUGGCGAGAGAAACUUAUCUUGUGUGUUAAGUCAAACCAAAGUCCAUAUGUAUCAGUAAAGAUAAGGCCUCAGCUUUCUCUUUCAAGAUCCUUACCCUGAGCUUCUGUUCUGAAGGAUUGUUAGGCUAUGCAAGGUGGUUAGUGUAGUUCUGAAGGAUUGUUAGGCUAUGCAAGGUGGUUAGUGUAGUUCUGAACGCUUGAUAGACAAUGCAUGGUGGUUAGUGUAGUUAUGAACGCUUGAUAGGCUAUGCAUGGUGGUGAGUGUAGUUAUGAACGCUUGAGAGGCUAUGCAUGGUGGUUAGUGUAGUUCUGAAUGAUUGUUCGGCUAUGCAUGGUGGUUAGUGUAGUUUUGAAUGUUUGUUAGGAUAUGCAUGGUGGUUAGUGUAGUUCUGAAUGAUUGUUAGGAUAUGAAUGGUGGUUAGUGUAGUUCUGAAUGAUUGUUAGGAUAUGAAUGGUGGUUAGUGUAGUUCUGAAUGUUUGUUAGGCUAUGCAUGGUGGUUAGUGUAGUUUUGAAUGUUUGUUAGGAUAUGCAUGGUGGUUAGUGUAGUUCUGAAUGAUUGUUAGGAUAUGCAUGUUGGUUAGUGUAGUUCUGAAUGAUUGUUAGGAUAUGAAUGGUGGUUAGUGUAGUUCUGAAUGUUUGUUAGGCUAUGCAUGGUGGUUAGUGUAGUUUUGAAUGUUUGUUAGGAUAUGCAUGGUGGUUAGUGUAGUUCUGAAUGAUUGUUAGGAUAUGCAUGGUGGUUAGUGUAGUUCUGAAUGUUUGUUAGGGUAUGGGUGGUGGUUAGUGUAGUUCUGAAUGCGUUCUGUUCUUUUAGCUGUGGUCAUAGGGAGUGAGCUAGUGUGACGCACACAACGGUUCAUUAAGGCAACAGGAACUAGAUAUCUCUGUUUACCUCAAUGCUGUUUAACCAACUAUCCAUCAUCAGAUGUGAGUAGUUUGAAUGUUUCUUUCAUUCCUCUUUCAGUACAGCCACACAGACUCCUGAUACAAUACUACAAACUGCAUUAAAAUGUCUUCACACUGUUUUGUUGGAUGUAUAGUUUUUUGUGUACUGCAUUAGUUUAGGUUGUCAGAUAACAUUCCUUUCUUAGACAUUUUAAGCGUCUUACAUUUUUUUUUUUUUAUGCUUAUAAUUGAAGUGUACUAGUAAUAUAAAUUCUACAGUCAUGUAAAAUGGUUUGUAACAGGAAGUUAAAUAAAAAUUAAAGCAUCAAACGCAUCUGUUGUAUAAGAAGAAUAAAAUAAACUCAAAUUAAAAAUGUCUAUUCUC